AUGACGGAUUAUACGAAAGCUUUUGAAAUGCUCUUUCAAAGUCCCUUUGAACCUAUUUACACUUGUCGGGAUAAUGGAAAGUGUAUUUUCGAAUUACCGGAAUCUUAUUACAGAGAGCGCGAUGUGGGUGUGAAGGAGAUGUUGCAGAAACGUUAUGCGACUAAAAGCCCCAAAAGAUUAUCCUUAAUUGAGUUGCCGUCAAAGCCAGACUUGUCCUUUGCUGAAAAAUUGGGCAAAAGACAAAGCUUUUCGCUUUUUAAUUCGCUGCACCAAAAAAUCGCUGGUGAACUUACCGAUCUGCUUCUCAGUGCCAAGGAUUUGGACACUUUUCUGGGCUUGUGUGUUUAUAUUAGGCAUCGUUUGAAUCCUAUGCUCUUUCAAUAUUGUUAUGCAGUUGCUUUGCUGCAUCGUCCAGAGACUCGUGGCAAUUGGGUGCCUCCAGUAGUGGAAAUAUUUCCAACGUAUUUCGUUGAACCUUCAGUGUUUCGUAAGAUGCGCAAGUCUGUGGAAUUGCAGCAUAAAACUAAGCCCGUAAAAAUUGGGCGUAACUUUACGGCCUCUGAUCGGGAAUUCGAACAACGCUUGGCCUACUUUCGUGAGGAUAUAGGCGUGAAUAUGCAUCAUUGGCACUGGCAUCUUGUUUACCCGACUAGCGGUAACCGUAAGACUGUCGACAAAGAUCGUCGUGGUGAACUCUUCUACUAUAUGCACCAGCAGAUUUUAGCGCGUUACAAUGCCGAACGAUUCAGUAAUAAAUUGGCUAAAACACUACCACUGAGUAAUCUACGCGAACCAAUCGCGGAAGGGUACUUCCCAAAAUUAUUUAACAGCAUAAGUGAUCGCACUUAUCCUGGACGUUGCAAUAAUCAAAUAUUACAGGAUGUCAAUCGCGAGAACGCAGCGAUAGACAUUGCGGAUUUGGAGCGCUGGUGUGACCGCAUUUUGGCGGCCAUCGAUCAGCGUUAUGUGGUAAAUCCCAAAGGCGAGAAACGCAAGCUUGAUGAGGUAAGUGGCAUCGAUUUGCUCGGUAAUAUCAUUGAGCAAUCCGAUCUGUCUAUCAAUCCGCAAUACUAUGGCAAACUACACAAUAUGGGCCACGAUUUAAUUGCCUGUGCGCACGAUCCAGAUAAUCGCCACAAAGAGGAGUCCGGCGUCAUGGGCCACAAUAUGACCGCUAUGCGAGAUCCGAUCUUCUACCGCUGGCACACAUUCAUUAACAAUAUAUUCAAUAAAUUCAAAAUUCUAUUGCCACCCUAUUGCAAAAAGCAACUCGACUACGCAGGUAUAAAUUUUCGAAGCUUUGUAGUGAGAUCAAGUACACUGAACGAACCGAAUCAAUUUGAAACAUUCUGGCAAAACUCUGAAGUUGACCUGGCAGCCGGCUUGGAUUUUACCGCAGAUACCGGUUUAUAUGCCUCUUAUACGCAUCUCCAGCAUGCACCUUUCGAAUACCAAUUUGUGGUUGAAAACACGAGUGAACAAAUGAAACGUGGCACUUGUCGCAUUUUUCUCUGUCCACAGUUAGAUGAACGCGGCAAGAGAUUGACGCUUGAAGAACAGCGUUUGUUGGCCAUUGAAAUGGAUAAAUUUACCGUUAGACUUUCGCCUGGUAGAAACCAAUUCAAGCGGCUUUCCGUUGAAUCAUCCGUUACCAUCGCCAUUGAACGUACUUUUGGCCGUACAACAAACAAAGACGAAUUAUCCGUAAGAGCGCCGGAACUCUCCAAUCGUUUACACUUUUGCGGCUGCGGUUGGCCACAUAAUAUGUUGCUGCCCAAAGGCAAGGUGCGCGGCAUGCAUUUCGAUCUAUUCGCCAUGAUUUCUAACUAUGCGGACGAUGCGGUGAACCAGCACCAACAAAAGAGGAAAAAAUGUCACAGCUGUGAAAUCAUAUCGAAUGAGGUGGCUGAUGAGAAUGAAACUCUAUGCAAUGAUGAUGCGGCCUCCUAUUGUGGCCUGCGUGACAAAUUAUAUCCAGAUAAACGUACGAUGGGCUUCCCCUUCGAUAGACGUUUACCGGCCGACAAUCUCAAUGAACUCGUUCAACUAUAUCAGAAUAUGCAUAGCAUUGAUGUGGUCAUCAAUUUUAAGGACGAGGUGAGAUCGGCUGUCAAAAAUGAUAAAAUUAUAUUCAGGGAUGACUAAGAGAGCAUGCAGUGGCCGCUCGAUUGUGUGAACCAUAAAA